UUUCUCCACUUGAUUUUUGGCAUUUUGGACAGCAAAUUCAUCUGCUGUUUUCUCCAAAACAAAAGCUUGUCAUCCCUCCGAUUUAGCACCCAUUGCUUUACUAUAUCAUCAAGAUCCGAAAUGGCUAUACUGGAACAAAGUGCAACGCUUUUCGGGAGUGCACUGGAUCAAAUAAGGACCAGCUCUUCUGCAACUCAAAUUUUGGUCUCAACAUUAUUUUGUCUGAUUGUUUCAUAUGCUUUCAAAAAGUUACUCUUCAGAAAGGAGGCUGAGGAAAAUUUGCCUCCAGUCAUUCCACACACCAUUCCAUUCCUUGGACAUGCCAUCACAUUUGGAAUGGCACCAAUAGACUUCUUAAUGGAAGCGAAGAAAAAGUAUGGUCCCGUAUUCAGCUUCACAAUGGUCGGCAAGACAUUCACCUAUCUGAUUGGCUCAGAGUCCAGCGCCCUCUUCUUCAACAGCAGGAACGAGAAUCUAAAUGCAGAGGAGGUCUACAGUCGUCUUACGACUCCCGUGUUUGGAAAAGGAGUGGCGUAUGACUGUCCCAAUGCAGUAUUCUUAGAGCAGAAAAAAAUGUUUAAGACAGGUCUAAAUAUAGCAAGGUUCAGAGAUCACAUACCGAUGAUAGAAGAGGAGACGAUAGAAUACUUCAAGAGAUGGGGGGAUGAGGGUCAGGCUAAUCUAUUUGAGGCUGUCUCAGAGUUGAUUAUCCUGACUGCCAGUAGAUGUCUCCAUGGGAAAGAAGUGCGUUCUAUUCUCGAUGAGAAGGUUGCCCAGCUCUACGCAGAUCUUGAUGGUGGUUUCACUCCUCUUGCCUGGCUGUUACCUGGAUGGUUACCUCUGCCCAGUUUUAGAAAACGUGAUGCAGCCAAUCGGGAAAUUAAACGUAUAUUUUACGGGGCGAUCAAGAAGAGACGAGCAGGGGAACCACAGGAUGAUAUGUUACAAACAUUAGUUGACUCAAAAUACAAGAGUGGUCGUAACCUCACUGAUGACGAAAUAGCUGGAAUGAUGAUAGGUCUCCUCUUGGCGGGCCAGCACACCUCAUCAACAACAAGUGCGUGGUUGGGAUUUUACUUGGCAAAAAAUAAGCACAUUCAGGAAGAAUGUUACGAAGAACAGAAACACAAGUGUGGAGAGGACUUGCCCCCUCUCGAGUAUGGCACCCUGAAAGAGUGCACCCUCCUUGAGCGCUGCAUGAAGGAGACACUGCGCCUCCGUCCACCAAUCAUGACCAUGAUGAGAAUGUGCAAGACGCCUCAGAAAGUUGGCGGCUACACAAUCCCAGAAGGGCAUCAGAUUUGUGUGUCACCCACUGUAAAUCAGAAACUGGAGGAGAUAUGGCCCAAGAAUGUUGAAUGGGACCCUGACAGGUUCUUGGAAGAGGAAGUCUCGAACAGCGAGAAGUUUGCAUACAUCCCAUUUGGCGCUGGGCGACACCGCUGCAUUGGAGAGUCCUUCGCAUACGUGCAAGUCAAAGCUAUAUGGUCAAUACUGUUGAGGACGUACGAAUUAGAUUUGGUCGAUGGAUAUUUCCCGACGAUAAACUAUACAACGAUGAUUCACACUCCAGUCAAUCCCAUCAUUAAGUACAAGAAGAGAGUGCACUAAACCUUUAAGGACUUGCGCUAUUUUGAGAGAUUUCAAAACGAAUGAUGCUCAAAAUCAAACUUCAUCAUGGCAGGAAUUGUCAUGUCGAUAGGUCCUUAUAGAGGGUGUUUUGCUAACGAGGUCUGCUACAACAUAUUUGGCUCUUCUUGUUUUGCAUGAGGAAGUACAUCCUGUAACUUUUUUUGUUCAAGUUCGUACAUGUACGAGUUCAACUUAAACAUAAAGGAAAAAGAGACAGCAUAUAUGUGUCAUUAAAGAAUAGUGGGUUUACUUUAUGAUGAUAACGUAUAUGGACGUGUGUCACUUUAUGAUAAAUUGGCACUCGAAGUUUUUGCUGUGGAUAAUCCACGAGUCAUGCCAAUCAAAGAAUGUGAUUUUUACUGAUUUUAUGAAAUUUUUGUGAAAGUAUUAUAUCGUUUAUGAAUAAAUUCUAUGAAUGG